CGAUGUGACUCAGUUGGGUGCAGGCGAUCGAAAGGUGUACACGUAAUUAGUUUGUGUUCGAAUCAGUUUGGGGAAUGAAAAUUUCACAGUUGUGAAAAAUGAGGAAAUCAUCGUUGUGAAAACAUAUUUAUAAAGUUUCAUGCAAAAUUUUGAACAUAUCAGCUAUAAGAAAGCUCAUCAAUAUGUUUAAAAGCUGCUCUGGACCUUGAGUUGCCAGCACUCAUGGUUGUAGAAGUAAAUGUGUGUAAAGUGUUGUUGACUUGCGGUGUACAUAUUCCACUGAGCUAGUGGAAGUCUUUCAUUGCAAACCAAAACAUAAAAAACUGCUCAGUGAACGCUGAUUGUGUGUAGGUGGUAAUGGAUGGUUCAGUAACUACAUGUUAUCGAAUAAAGAUGUAUCGCACGCAACUGAAACUGUUCACGUUGAUGUGUCUGAUUCUGACACUCAACCUGAAACUAACUACGGCUCAAUCUAAUUACGCAUCACAUGGAAACAGCAUCGAAUACCAAGGCGAGGGUUUGCCCGAGGAAGCCACCCUUGAUGGAAAGGUAACGAAACUGGAUGAUCUCAGUCCUAUUAUUUUUCUCAAUCGAACCAAAGCUGCCUUAAACUGUGCUGCCGGUUCUAUGCUAGUGGAGUUGAAAUUCAAUGAAAGGUUCUUCGGUAUGGCAUAUGCAAAUUUCGAUAGAAGUAGUGCAUGCCAAAUCACGGGCAAAGGAGAUACGAGUUAUAGCAUAGAACUUCCUCUGAAAGGAUGUGGAACUAAGCAGGAACCGCAACGUGUGUUCACAAACAACAUUGUAGUACGUUUCCAUCCAGGACUCGAAAUGGAUGGUGAUGAAAUAAUCACCAUAGUGUGUCGUUAUCCACCUCCAGUAGCACCAAUCCCAGCUGGUCUGCCAGCUCCUAUUUUAACUGGAAUAAUAGCACCACCAUUUCUCGAACCCCCUCUGAAAGGAAUUCAAAUCCUUUUUAUCAUCUGUGCUAUCAUGUUUCUUACGUUGUUGCUUAUUGGUUUGGGACUAUCGUACUAUUGUCUACGACGUCAACCUAUUCCUAUUGUAAGAAGAGUUGUGCAUGUGGGAAGUGGUUCUGAAAUUACGGCUCUUGAAACAGGCAGCAUAGGUAGCAUAUCUGGGUUGAAAAUUCCACAUGCACAUCCACAUAUCGCUUUGCACCAAACUCAAAGUAUAUCCGGAAGUGAAGGUCCUCUUAUUCCUUCUGAUUAUCCAAGCGAAUCACAAUCUGAAAACGAGGAAGUUGACACAGGUUCUCUACCCGUGAGCUCUCACGGUAGUUAUGAAAAUGGUGCAUUCGUUAACGAUGCUUCAAGUAUCUGUAGUGAAAAAUUCGUCCAUAGGCAAGCGAUACGAGAAGUGGCGACUUGUGAAACUUCUCCCAAGUUUGAUAUUCAUGUUCGUGUGAAAAGGACUCCGCCUCCAAUGCCGUCACCACUAACAUCUGACACAGAAAGUAACAGCACCAUUAACCGAACCGAAAGAAAUAAUCUUUCGACCAUAUUGGAAUCUCACGAAGAUGGAAGAAGUGAUAGCAUGUUCACAUUUGAAUCGUUACAAGAUGCUGGGCAGUCCCAUUUCACGUAUACUCCCGAAUUGCACCUGGCUCCCAAAUACGUGAACUCCGCACCAGUUUUUUCCAAAUUUUCAAAAACUCAAAAACAAAUCGAAUAUAAUACUCACGCAGAUGAACCACAUACAUCCUCCGUUCGUAGCACUAUCUCUACUGAUGUGGUAGACACUCAUUCCAUGACCGAAUUGGUUGAUUCUUCUCAUUUGUAUCCAACCACAUUCAACAACACAAUUAAUUUGAAAUACAAUGAAAACAUUCCUGAGACUCGAUCGAAUAUAAUGAAAAAAGAACUAUCAUCCCAUGUUGUAGAUGACGUAUUUAUGCAAACAGUAACAGAGAAGACUACAAUCGAAGAUAUUGAAAGACAUAAACGAAUGGUUACCGAAUAUAAGGCAAAACCAGCUGACGUUCCAAACUGGGACGUCACAAUCCGGAACUAUCGAGAAAACUCCGAUUCAGAAUGGGAAAAUUUCUCCGAUAUUUCGAGCGCCUCCGGUAUAACAAUUCCGCAAAAUGUACCAGCCGCUCCAGCCUCAACAUACAUCUUCGAGAAUGAUGUUCUGCUUCAAAGUCCUGAACUUGUGGGUAACUUGAAGCCGAUAGACUUGCCACCAGAAGACAAAUCGAUUUCCAACUGGGAUGUACUCAUACGCGUACUGCAGGAUGUUGAAAUACCAGAUAUCGCCAUUGCAACAUCGUCGCUUCAUACAGAUGUUCCACCUACAACUCAGUUGAGCUAUGAUGACAAAACAAAAUGGAAGGAAAUUAUCACGACAGAAUCAACGUUAAGAACCAUGCUUACCGAAGCUGUCUAUAGAGAAGAUUUUGAGAGAAUCCGCUCCGACGCACGUUACGAAAAAUUGUUCGUCCCACAAUCUUGGGAAAUCAUCAUGCGCAUAUUGUCUCCUCCGGAUACUACGGAAACUAAGCAAGCUAAACGAAAGAAACGCGAAACAUGGGAUACACGAUCUAGAAGAAGUUCACUGCCUACUUUAUAUGAAUACGAUAGUGAUGGAGGUUCAUCAGUGCGAACGAUUACACAAGAUCCCAUAGUUAUCACUGCUCAAAAUAGGGAUAGUUACGGUAGCUCCAGACCUCGUUCGAGAAAAACUUCACGAUCCUCUUACAGUUCUAAUAAUAUUGACUAUCGAUCCAUGACAGAGGUAACGGUAGAUUUUGCUAAACAGAAGUAUUCCGACAACUACUCCGAUGAUAGUUCAUACCACUAUGAUGACGACGAUCAGUAUUACCAACGCUCAAUACAACCAUCGUCUAGCCAUCCCAGCCUUGCCCGAUCUACCAGUGAGUUUUUAGAACGAUGGAUAGCUCCGGAUGACAAUGAUUCAUCUACUCCUGAAGCAAGCCCUCAACUCAACAGACGCGAGAAUAAUUUGAUGAUGAGUGGAAAUAAUUGUCAUCAAAUCCAUGAACAUCAAACUAAGGUGGUUGAAACUAGACAAACCAACUACAGUAUGACGACCGACCGCGAUACCAUGUGGUAAUUGUUUCCCACAAAUAUAAACGGAAGUGAAAUGUGCCAAUAGCAAUAUGUUUCAGCUAGCUUUUAACAACAUUCGAAAUAAACAAUCAAUUAAAUGCCGUGAUACUAACAGAAUUUAAAUAUCCUGCCAAACAAUGUAGGACAUGUAGAAUCUAUUUAUACACAAAAUGGGGUAAAUAUCGUAUUUUUUCUCAUUAAAAUCAAUGAGUUCAUUUACAAUAAACUCAGCAGUUGAGCCUAAAUGAAUCGUAUUAUUUGUCUAACGAGUGUUCAAUAAAAAAAGAGAGCUUUUUCAGUGAUAUAGUAAAACAAUAUAAAAAAUAUUUCAAGCAAUUCAGUAUUUUUUUAUUAAAAAUAUAACGGUUGUUCUUCAAAAAAAGUCAGUGAUUGUUGGCCAAGGGGCCGUGCUCAGCCGUACAGCGCAACUUGGUGGAGAUGCUCUCACAAGAGCGCUAGACGGCACUGACAUCCAUCUUUCGGAUGCAAUUCCGGAUCCUCGUGGUCAGCUGAUUGGUGUUCUCGGCCCACCAAUUAUUCUUGUACACUAGGGCACUGAACGAUCCGAAAAACCCCUCCAUUGGACGGCACUGGGGCAGUUGGUCAGGUUCCGUUCGUUGCGUACGUAAGGUAUCUGUUUUUCCUCGAGAUACGCCAACGUCUUCUUGGCGUAAUGGAAAUUCGCCUUGUACGGCCAGAAGACGUACUACCCAUCAGAAUGAUGCUCCUCUAAGAACGUAACUAGAAUCUUAUUUAGGCACUCCUCUUGGUACACCGUCUGGUUGAUGGCACAGGCCUCGGCUUGAUAAAACAGGCCUUUGAAAUCCCUUUGUCGGAGAUUGCAAUAUACAGCAUAACUUUCUUCUCAAACUUAUAUAUUGUAUUUGUACGACACCUUGUCGCUGGUAUAGUACCGGGAAUGUGGGACUUUGGCAGCGGAACUGUCGUCGUCCAGCACGAACGACGUCCCGCGAUAAUUUUUCGUCAUUCACCGGCACUGAGAUUUCACGGUCGCUAUCAGCUCGUCCGUGUACUCUGGGGACCUAGUCUUCUUCCGACAGACGAUGCCCUCCUGCUUGAGGGUUCUGUGGAUGUAGGAAUGGGAGCAGCGAAAUUUUCGACGGGCGUGAUGCAAACUCGUACCGUCCUUGUUGUCGAACAGCUUUUUCAUAGAUCCCUUCUUCUUUUUUGUCAUGAUUUUCGCCGCACAACCACUACCGGUCUUCCGCUCGACGUUCCGGGAUACCAGGAUCCGGUAAACAGUGCUCACCGGCACAUUUUCGCCCCGCGAGUGGUUUACUGUAAACUUUUUUCCUUGACCUUCACGCUUUUCGAAGAAACGUACAACGCGCUCGCGGAGUGCUUGAUUUGGCGCCAUCUUUGAACGAACUGACAGCACCCGAGCGAAAAGAAAAGAGCAACCUGUUUCAAGGGUUGCAACUUUAUCAACAGAAAGGUAUUGAAAUUAUUCUCAUUUUUUAUUGACACCCGUUAUGGUAGCGUGGAAGUAACUCCGGAAACCUCAUAUAGAAUCUCAUGUACAGGAGUCGCAGAACGAAAAUACGACUGUUCAAAAUUGAAAGCUUUUUUUGCUUUUUUUAAAUUUAAGAUAAUUUUUGAAUUCGUUUAUUGUACAUCACAUCGAAUGUGAACAAUCUGAAAAUUUUUUUUAAACAAAACUAGACGUAUGAUUCAAGCUUAGCAAUCUUUAUAUAUUUUAUGCUAGAAUUUUUUUUUAGAAAAUAUGGAGAAUAGAUACCAAACGCGUGUCGAAGAAACAACCAUGAAAAUAAUUUUACGUUGAAAUACUGCAUCUACAAGCAAAUUAAAAAUCGGUAUGUCUAUAAUGGCAUUAGUAUGCUUAUAUAUCUGAAGUUUUAUCAAAAACGUUACAUAUUACGAUAAGCCGUUGGCGAAUGAUUUGAUUUUAUAAAAACAAAUUGUGAAAGUGAUAGUCUGUGAAUACCAAUUUUUCAAAACGUAUCUCCUGUAGAACUAAUUUUUAUAACAUCAACGCUUAGCGCAUGACACUUAAAAUCGAUUGGUGACGGGAAAUGCUUUCGACUACCACAAACUGCAAUUGGAAGUUUAUAACAAGGUAUACCGUAAACAAGAAAAAAACGUUAUCUGCGUUCGAUAUUCAUUUCAAUGAUAAGCAAUUUAGAUACUUAACAAUGUAAUAAAAUCUUUUUAACAAACCAAU